GCUACCCCUUUAAGGGAUGGGAUGGUACCCAAAAGUCUCUUUUCUCUCUCGUCGUCCCUCCGAGUCUUCCAACUUUCCCUUUCUUUUUUCUUCCCAAAUAUACAAUACGACAAGGCUGCCCAUUUGCCCAAACUAGUAGUCCAACUCAUCCACAGCCGACCAGUCUGGUCGGUGAGAUGCUGUUCUUCUUCUGACACUGUCGCCGAAUAUCCUGCACACUGCAUCGAUUGCAAUCAAGACAUUUCGUCUAUUCGUAGACUCCCGAAAGUGUAACGGUAUUGUCAUUUCCUACGGAACGCCUCCUUGGCUAACUACCGUCAUACCAAAAGGAGGGGCUUUAACACGUUGCAAAGCCAGGAACUUGAAAAGAACAACAGGGAAAAGAAAGAAAAUUACGAAUUUUUUACAACGGUGCGACUUGUUUAAAUUUGGCGGUCUCGAUCGCUCGAUGCCCCAGUCACGUUCCGGAUAGAGUCCCGACAUCUCGUUGUUGUUACCCCCGUUGUACACAAGUGAUUCGUUACAAAGUUGUGUUCUCUCUCUUGUGUGUGUGUUGUUUUCUUUAUUUAUUUUUUCUUUUUCUCCUUUUUCUUUUUCGUCCAUCGCUACUUCCUAUCCCGCAUACAAGAACGAGUUCGUCGUGGACUUAUUAUCAUUCCGGCUACGGCUUCCGUCGACCGUCCUCCUUUUUUUUUAUUUUACCUUUUUUUCUGGUGGUAAGGGAGGAGGAAGCAGUGUGAUAUAUCUUGAUUAAGGUUUUUUUUUUCGUCGCACUCGGCGAUAUGCCGUUCGCCAGGUAAUAACGGUGCUAACUCAAACAAACGACAAUCGCAAGAUCCCGUUUUUUUUAUGGUUUCGCUCGCCAAUCACACACCACACGCCUACAACAACAAACAACGACGAUGUUGCAAUGUUUGAUGUCGGCACAUUUUCCCUCCCAAAACACAUUCUGGUGGGUCUCGAAUCGAAGAUAAAGUCAGUCGAUUAUGGAAUGGUAGCGAUGAGCUACUCGUGGGUGCUGAGCCUCACCAGAUGGCUGGCCCUAUCGUCUGUCUUGACCGCGACUCGAGCGGCGUUUUCUCCCGAAGUGGCGGAGAUGAUCCAUUCAUGGGCGCCACUCGUCUGGCUCCACAGCGGCGAACAGUUUAUGCCCAGCAGCGUCGAAUUCUUCCUGGAACAUGUCACGCUACAGAACCGCAAGGGUCGCGUCCUCGACCAGCAACCAACUCUUAACAAACUACCGGGCGGACCGCCAUCGACCGGCCUUCAUCUUCAAUCCCGUCAAAAGCUCACCUGCCCGUCUUGCCUGGGACCGACAUUUUUCCACGGAAAGAACGUUGCCAAUGGCGGCGUGCCAGCCUACGCCAUCGUUCGCGAGUACCAAGAUGCCUGGAAAACAGUCGACGUCGUCUACCACACGUUCUACCCGUACAACCGCGGCAAACAAGUGUGCAUCGGAAUUUCGACCGGUAAAGAUAAGGAAAAGUGUUUGGGUAACGUCGAGAGUUUCGGCCACCACGUUGGCGACUGGGAACACGUGACGUUAAGAUUUCAGAACGGGAAACCGCACGUCAUCUACCUCUCUGUCCAUAAUUUCGGUGCCUACUACAUAUGGAAUGAAAGCGCCGGUUAUUUCCUACUGCACAAAGGAGAAUCGCCCAAAGAAAAGGCGGCACGUCGGGGUCGACGACGUAAAUUCGCUCGCGAUUUACAGGUGACUUUCCCCACCGUUUUACACGUUUCGGGCAAGCAUCCAGUUUUAUACAGCGCCAACGGAUCUCACGGUCUUUGGGCCACUCCAGGUAAACACACAUACUCGACCUUCCCACUACUGGAAGAUUUCACCGAUCAAGGUGUAGCCUGGAACACCUGGGAGAAUUUGGUCGUUAUCCCAUGGAACGAUACUCCCUACCCGUACGCCGGGCAAUUGGAAUGGCUCAACUUCCGCGGAGAGUGGGGAAAUGCCAAGAAUGGAUGCGAUUUGGAACCCCUGAGUGGCGAGUGCCGACUGAAUCACGGGCCGAUUUUCCCGGGAGGACCCGACGACAUGCCCCCGCCACGGAUUCAACGCUCCAGGCAAACCGUGACUACUGUAGCGCCGCCGCCGCACUAUCUUGCCUACACGCCAACCGUUCCGCAAUUCCUGCACGCCCAAGUGCCAGUGGGACGGGCUUCUGGUUUACUCAACUAUCGUUACAAGAGGCGGGAUCCUCAAUCGACGGAUCCUCAAGCCCCGGUAACCGCCAAUAUAACGGAAGAGCCAAAUCAGGAUUCCGACUCGGAUCCCUCCGAUUCCGGCUUGGAAACCACUGCCAAGUUAGCCAAUCGCCUAGUCACAUUCGUUCCGGAAGGUUCCUCGACGGUGUCGUCAUGACAAAAAUGAUUCAAUUGAAUCCGGAUGAAAAAGAAUAACAGGCGAAAUUGAGACGAACGCGGAAGACGACGGUGAUGAGUGAAGAAGAUGUUUGAAUACAAAAUUAAUAAGGGAGGAGUGCAUUGUUUUACCUUGGUUCCACGAUUCAACAGCUCUCGAGCAAAUGGCAAAACGCCGAGGAUCACAUCCAUGCCACUAUUGUCGACAAAGAUAGCAGCACAUCGAUGGGGUCCCUCCUCAAGCCGAACAAGCCAAUCUUCCACAUGAUCGAUAAACCAGGGUCUUUCUUUUGAUGAUGAGGAAUAACAAAACAAAAAAAAAAAAAAAAUUAUAAUUAAAAAUGAUGAAAUAAAAUCCCAGAUGAUUCAAAUUGUUUUUUGGGGACAAUACUUUGCAAGUGAGCCAGUGCUUGCUGGAAUCCGAAACCGGGAAUCUGCAUCAAAGCGGCCGCUUCUUUGGCACCCCAGUCGAAGACGUUGCCAGCCAAUAAGUUGGUGGCAGCCGUUUCGUACUUCUGACGUCCAGGAAGGGCAUCCAGCUCAGCCAAGUGGUCAGACAGUAGCAGUAGGGCCGCUUCGUUCUCCAUUUGUUUUUGCUGUCGUUAAUUAAAAUGAAUUUUUUUUAUUUUUAAAAUGCCCGUAUGUAAUAAUGUAUGUGAUGAUGUGUGUUGAGUGCAUGCGUAUAUGUGAAUGGUUGACAAAUGAAAAAUCAAUUCAGUAUUUUAAAAUAUAGAAUUUUUAGACGAUA